AUGAUUUUUCUAUGCUCUUUAUUCAUAAGUUUGGAUGCUUAGGCAAUACAUUCAAAUUACAAUGUAAUUCUGACCUAAGGAGAAACUUAUUCACUUUACAUGAAAAAAUUAUUUAAAAAUUAAACACAAAAUUUCAGUAUUAAGGAUUGCCCUAACAAUGUGUAUUUAAUUAAUGGAGUAAAUAAAUUAUCAGAAUAGAAUAACAGUAUUAUUAUAAUUAUUAUUUAGAUUAAACAUUUAUUUCAAUAUCCUCCACAUCCUCAUUAUUCUUACUAAUUACUUAAGCGAAUACAUUAAAUAUUUAUAAAUGGAAUUAUACAUAUAUGAAUUCUACAUAUGUAAAUCUAAUAAAUUAAGUGGAAUUACCAUAACAAAUUUGUUUAAAUUCUAUACUAUUAUAAGAGAAUUCAAUAAUAAUUGACUGCUACAAUUUGACUAAUUUAAAUAUUUAUAUUUAUAAAGACAAUGUUUGGACUAUUGUUUAUUCUAAUUUAGUUGAAUAAAUACCAUAAAAAACAGACCUUAAAUCAUUUAAUAGUAAUUCAAUUAAUUCUAUUCUUUAUGCAUAAUAUUAUGAUGACUAUCAAAUUUUAACCUAAUUUUAAUUUAGUCAAAAUUUAUUAUAAAAUAUAUCCACUUGGAUAAAACCAUUUAUUAACUUUAUAGUUUCUGAUAAACUACAAUCUUAGAAUACAAUUUAUGUAUGGAAUAGUAGUUAGAUAUAUCUAUUAAAUCUUACUUAAUAAGGGUUGAACUUAACAUAUAAUUAUUUUCCUUUAGUUUAAAAUAUAAUAGCAGUUUAAAUAUUCAAUCCGUAAAGAAUAUUUUAUGAAUGUGAUAUUUUAUUAAUAAUCGCAAAGUAAAUGACUUAUAAAUAAACACUUUGUAACUAGACAGAAUGUUAUUCAUAUAGAUAUUUUAGCUGGUAAAAAUAAUCAUAUCUUAAUACAUAAAACAAUCAAGUUUUCUUGAGUAAUUAGUUCUUAAUUUUAUAAUUAUUUGAUCUAAUUGAGAUUUAUGAAAUUAUAGAUUUGGAUUUUAAUUUAAUAGGAGGAUUUAAAAUAAAUUCUUCAUCUACUCAAAUAUCGUUUGAUUAUAAUAGCAAUGUGUUAUUUAUAUUCAGUGAUACUUAGAUUUUAACAUAUUUGGUAGAUUAUCCUUAGAUAAAAUUCAUUACUGAAUAGAAUUAAUCAAAUUAUCAAUUUAUUAUUAUAGGAAUUCCAUAUUAGAUAAAUUAAACUGAUGAUUAUUAAUGUUAAAAUUGUACGGUAGAAUUAAAUGUUAGUGUUCUUCCAAUUAAUGAUAAUUAAACAUAUUUAAUUUAUGAUGAGACUAGUAAUUAAAGUUAAAUUAUUUUUAAGAGUCAAAAUUUAAACUUCUUCUUCUCAGAAUUUUCAGGUUCCCUCUUAAUUGCAAAUUUCUAGGUAGAAAAUUCCACUUUGGGGAACUUUAAUGAUAUAACAUUUUAUAAUGUAAAUGCUAGCUUCAUAAAUUAAUAAUCAUUUCAAAACUUGAAAUCAUUUCAAAACUUUCAAAUUUUGAAUAUGUAUACAGCUAUUGGAAUAAUAAACUAAACUAUUUAUUUAUGUUAAAACUAGAAUCAUUAUGAUGAUGGUCAAUUCCAAUAAAGAUGUUAAUAGUUUAGUACUAACUAAUCAUAAAUUAACAUUAAGAAUAAUCAAAUUUAAGGUUAUGCCUAUUAAUAUUCCUGUAGUUUUGGAGUUUAAAUUAAUAAAUAACAAUUAUAUCUAUGUAUUAAUUGUUAGGUUGAUUUAAAUUCACCAUAAAUUUUAAAUUUUGAAGCCUUCUAAUAAUUCUAUUUGCUAUAUCAAUAGAUUGUACUUUUGCUUGAAUCAAAAGUAAUAUAAAUUUGCAGUUUUAGUGGAUAUUGUUCAAAUUUAACAAUUAAUAAUUAUAGUUUUAUUCCAGUUGGUAUUGUAUUAAAUUAAUAAUAAUUUUCAUCAACUUUAUUUAUUAAUAACAAUUAAAGUAGCAUUAUUAUUGGAUAAAUAACAUAAUCGAAUAAUUAUAUUAUUAACAGUAUAAUAAAUGUUACAAUUCAGGUUUAGGAUAUUAAAAUUGUAAAUAAUCGUUUAAUAUUAAGUUAUAAUUGUUAAAAUAUUUAAUUUAUUUGUUUUUAAGUUUGGAAUGUUCAAAAUUUGAACUUUCCAUUUCUAGAAAAGAAUUUAAAUAGUAUUUAUAAUACAAAUAAUAUUCAAUUUUUUGCUGAUAAUCUUCUUUAUUAUGUUUAGACUAAUAAUUAAAUCUAUGUUUAUAAUCCUAUUAUGCUUGAACAUUCUUCAUUAUUUUAUACAUUUAACUAUACUGGAUCCUAUUUUACAACUUACUCUUCAGAUGUAGCUUUUAUUUCAUUCAAUUCUUAAAUAUAUCUGUUAUCUCCAAUUUUUAUUUACUCUUAUCAGACUACUUAAAAUAAUACAAUCCUUAAUGAAAUAACUUCGUGGUCUAAUAUAUAUAAUUUUUCAGUUUAAUCUUAAAUUGGAACUUAAAAUGUCAUCAAUAAUCCUGUAAAUUAAACAAUCAUCAUUUUGAAUGAUUUUUUGAAUAUUUCAUUAAAUAAUUAAACAUUUAAUGUGUCAGAAAGUCCUGUAAUAUUAACACAAAAUAAUAUAACUUUUAGUGGAUAAAUUGGAUGGUUUGAUAUAAAUUGUACAAACUCUAAAUCCUAGGUUAUCAAUAUCUUGAAUUAAACAAAUUUGACUUCUAUUAAAUGCUAAAUAAUUACAGUUUUUAAUUAAUAAAUAUUAUGCAGCAAUACUUCAUCUCAUUUUAGUUAUUAAAAUUACUUUUUAUAACUUUUUAAUAUGACCUCAGAAGGUAAANUUGGGGAACUUUAAUGA